AUGGCUGCUCGUCGCUCUACCUCCCUCAAGGCCCUCAGGUCUCUGUCCCAACAACCUCGCCGCUCUCUUCAUAUCACUGGUGCCUACUCGGCCCAGGUCGCUACCGGACCAGACGUCAGCACUCUCUACCACUCCAGAACCCUUGCAGACCUCAGAGCAGAGUGCCAGAAGCGAAAUCUCGGCGCCUCUGGAACUAAAUCAGAGCUUGUUGACCGCCUCUCGAACCACGAUGUUCUCCAGUCUCGUGCAUUUAGCAUCGCAAUGAGGCGUAUCGAUCGUCAUGCCUUUGGCCAGCAGUCCGCCUCCCGACCCUUCAACACAUCUCGCGCCAACAGCCCCAUGAGUGAAGUUGUAGAUAACCACGCUCUAGAGCUAAAUCCCUUCAACCUUACAGAGGCCGUCAGCAGGUCUAGAGACGGUGCGAGGGCUAGUGCGGCCCGGUCAAGAGACUAUAGGAGGUGCCGUCAGGGACCUGUGGAGAGGGAUGUUAGAAGACGUCAAGGGAACGAGUCAGAGUAG